AUGCCCAGUUCCGUUCUCUCGGACUCCAGCUCCUGGCGCUCCGAGUUCCUAACGGAAAGGGGGAGUGACCCCCGCACGUCCCCCCCUCCCUCCCAGACACCCGGGGGAGCGAUGGCGGGCUACAGUCACCCCUUGCUCCUGGCCGUGGCCCUGCAGUCCCUGUUACAGCCGGCCCUGGGCCAAGUCACGAACGGGAGCACCGCAACACCCACAUCCGCAUCGGGGCUCACAGAGUCGGAGCGGCUGGCGGCCAUCAUUGUCCCCUCCCUAGUCGGGGGUCUCCUGCUUAUUGGACUCGUGAUCUUUGGGGCGCUCAAGGUGCGGGAGAGGCGGCAGACGGAGGGCACCUACCGGCCCAGCAACGAGGAGCAGGUGGGUGCUCGGGUGGUGACGAACGCUAACCUCCAACUGCCCCCCGAGGAGCGGCUGAUCUGA